UGCUGUCUGCAUCAACACGCCCAGAUCUGCCUGCGUUUGACAGUUGUUUUUUUUUUUUGGUUAUUAGAGAAUAAUAUUUUAAGCUGGAAUUGAUGUCCGUGAACCGGUUAUCUUAAAAACUAACUGGUGAAACAAGGAUUAGAAACAUCUGAAAAGAUGGAUGACAUUGACGCCAUGUUCUCUGACCUGCUGGGGGAGAUGGACCUCCUCACUCAGAGUCUGGGCCAGGAAACGGUACCUCCAGAAUCUCUCCCCACCACCAACAACGAAGCCAGCUUCUCCAUCGGCUUCACCGACCUGAAUGAAUCCCUCCAUGAACUGGAGGACAAUGAUCUGGACGCGCUCAUGGCUGAUUUGGUGGCUGACCUCAGUGCGACCGAAGAGAAACUCGCUGCGGAGAUAGGUCUGAAAGUGCCAUCACCGCCCCCGCCAGACCUGCCGCCACCACCCAAAGGCCUGGGCGCCCAUGCUACCGCUCCGCAGGCCUCACCAGCGAGCAGCACAAGCAGCAGUUUUAGCACCCCGGCCUCCUCUGCCGCCUCCCCUUUACCACCUCCGCCUCCUCAGGCUACAAAGCCUACAAAGGAGGAACUCGAGGCUCAGGUGAAAGCUGACAAAAUCAAGCUUGCGCUCGAGAAGCUCAAGGAAGCUAAAGUGAAAAAGUUGGUGGUGAAGGUGCUAAUGAAUGACGGCAGCUCCAAAACUCUGAUGGUCGACGAGAGGCAGAAUGUCAGGGAAGUCUUGGACAACCUGUUUGAGAAGACCCACUGUGACUGCAAUGUAGACUGGAGCCUGUGUGAGACCAACCCCGAGCUGCAGCUUGAACGGACAUUUGAGGACCACGAGAACCUCGUGGAGCCACUCCUGGCAUGGAUGAGGGACAGCGAGAACCAAAUCCUCUUUAAGGAGCGGGGAGAAAAAUAUGAGGUUUUCAAAAACCCACAGAACUUUUAUCUAUGGAAAAAGGAUAAGAAAGCUCUCAAGGACAUAAAAGACAAAGACAAGGAGAUAUUAAUCCAGGAGAACUUCUGCGGGACGUCCAUCAUCGUGCCCGACCUCGAAGGGGUGCUGCACCUCAAAGAAGACGGCAAGAAGUCCUGGAAGCAGCGGCUCUUCCAGCUGAGGGCCUCUGGAAUUUAUUAUGUGCCCAAAGGAAAGACCAAGUCAUCCCGUGACCUCGUUUGCUUUCUCCAGUUCGACAAAGUAAAUGUCUACUGCGGCAAAGACUUUAAAAGCAAAUACAAGGCCCCAACUGACUUUUGCUUUGUUCUGAAGCAUCCGCAGAUCCAGAAGGAGUCUCAGUACAUCAAGUACCUGUGCUGUGAUGACGCUUGGACCAUGAAUCUUUGGAUGACCGGAAUACGGAUUGCAAAGUACGGUGAGCUGCUGUAUGAAAACUAUAAAACCGCCGAGAAGAAGGCAACUGUCACAUCCGUGUGGACGAACCGCAGCACUCCAUCGAGCUCCAAUCCGCCAGCGCCCUCACCCACCGUCAAAGCCAAAUCACAGAGCCAUGCAAACGGUCAUGCUCCUACGCCCCAACCAGGACCUGUAUCUAAGUCUCCUCAGGACUUCAGAAAUUUCCCACCUCCACGCCCACACUCGACUGAGAUUCUCCCGCCACCACCUCCGGACCCAGUGUUCCCUCCUCCGCCACCUCCCAUGGCUGCCAAGAGUUCCUCAAAACCUGCCACCCCCCAGCAAAACCUGCCAACCAACUUCCCUCCACCUCCACCUGCAAUGGAAAACCUCCCGCCUCCACCUCCGCCCCCAUCCGUCAAUGACCCCUCGGAGGCCCCACCUGACUUCCUUCCACCCCCUCCUCCGGCCACAGGCUUUGGUUCACUGCCACCUCCUCCGCUGUCGGUGAACUCUCUACCACCACCGCCUACUUGUUUCGGGGGUAUGGACCAGUCUCUGCCUCCUCCGCCACCAGAUCCCGGGUUCUUACCGCCUCCUCCGCCUCAGCCAACGUUCACAGGGGCUGGAGCUCCACCCCCACCUCCACCGCCUCCUCCACCUGCCCCUGCCGCCGCCCCAAGGGCAGUGCCGCGGCCCUCUGGAUCAGUCAAGAAGAUGCCUCCUGCUCCGCCAAAGAGGACUACACCCUCGCUGCAAGGUGGAGGUGGAGGAGGGGAAGGUGGAAACUUCAUGUCAGAACUGAUGCUAGCCAUGCAGAAGAAACGUAGUGAUCAGUAGCCUGCGCGAGUCAUCAGUGGAGUAUAAAUACAUUAUGAACUCUGCCCGAACACAGAACAAUUUAACCUUUAAUCAGCCUUUUUCUCGAUUUCAUCAAAACAGCUCGUUGAUCCACAGCUGUACAUAACAUCUCAGAAAUGAAGCCACUGGAGAUCAAUACAGACGAUAUCUCACAGACAUUCAUCCCUUUUCCUUUUUUCUAAAGAGCUUGUCCAGAACAUAACCGCGCAGGAGUCGGUAGAAAGGGGGGAUUGUUCUGACGACGUUUUGUAAGGUGUUUGAAAACUUGAGCUCAAAGAUGCCAGUGACUGUCACAGUUUGCUGUCAGAAAACAUAACGCAGCAAACACCAAGGUGUAUCUUUUUUUUUUUUUGUAUCUCAUAAGAAUAUAAUGCUGUCAUCACACUUCAGAGACAUUUUUUUUAAUAGAAUUGUACAGUAUAUAUUGUCAUGUUUGCAUGGAGGGCUAUAAAUACUUUCAAACACUUUCCCACUUACCUUGGAACAUAGUUUACCCAGCCAGUUUUCAAAUGACAGAUACCUACAUAGAACCUCCUGACUAAAUCCCUUUAAAUCCUGGUGGCAUAAGAAAUGCAUGGACUGAACAUCAUUUGUUGCUGGAAUGAAUCAUUGGAUGUUCCUUCCGUCAUCGAGUACAACCUGCUGCCAUUGGAUGUUUGGCAACACAUGAUAUAUGACAUACAUCUAUCUAAAAGCAACAACCUCCUUGGAUUGAGUUUCAUAAUCGAUCAAUGUGACGCCUCAAGGAUGCUAUAAAAUUCUCGAAAAUUUAAAAAAAAAGUAUUGCAGCUAGUUUCCAUUUUGUAUCUCUGCUGU